AUGGUCGAUCCAAGAUUCAUCUUCCCACGUACAGAGUUCAUUCCAAACGAGAAUGUCAACUACACAUUCCAAGUCAGAUCUCAGAGCGGAAGACCAUUCGAUUAUAUAGACAAUUACACAGUUAUAUCAGAUCAUCCAUGCAUUGUUAAUGAUUCCGAAAACAUCCUUACAUCCACAGGCAAAGGCUUUGCAACAAUCACAUGCCAGAUCACAGACUACGAACAGACCACAUUAAUAUGUGUUUACGAACCAUUAUCUGUUACCAAGAUUAUCACCGUUGAUAAUGUUGAAGAAGAAACGCCAUGCAUUGAUCGUCAAGAUGGUCCAUUGCAAUGGCCAAAUUCUAAGAAGCCAAAGGCUACAAUCACUUGCGGCAAUGCCAAAGUCGAGUUAAUUGAUGACACAUUUCUUCGCUUACGAAGCUCAUACAAUGGCAUGUGCAAGCUCAGUGUUACAAACGAGAAGACAGUAGCUAACCCAAUGCCAAGACCAGAUUCCUUCGAGUUCCAAGUCAGAGCUAUCAAGAUUGAUUCAAUAGCUAUCGCAGUCAUUGAUCGUGACUCAAAGAAUGAUCCAGAAAGUGGACUCGCUAAAUCAACAGUUGAUGCAAUUAGUAUCGUGACUCAAAGAAUGAUCCAGAAAGUGGACUCGCUAAAUCAACAGUUGAUGCAAUUAGUGAGAUCUUUGAAUUACAAGGUAAGAAUGUCACAAUUCCAGCAAUUCAUCAGCCAGAACUCAAGAUCUUUGCUUACUCAGAAGGUAACCAACUCAUUGGUGAAUACUCUCAUCCAAAGCAACUCAUUCAAGUUGGUGACAGAGUCUUCAACAAGACAUCUCAGAUUCCAUUACUUGAUGAAGUAA